AUGCCAAGCAUAAAGUUUUCCAUCAAUAUUAAUAUCAAACCCAAAAUUUCGGGACAAAACAGUGGAGAUCUAGACUGGGCCACUCCAAGUGUUGCUCAAAGAUGGGUAAAGAAGAUCUCAUCUCUUGAAACUCAUCGCCCUCGCGAAAGUGGCACUUCAUCUCGAUCGCCAACGGGUGAGAAUCUAACACCUACUCGUUCUGGCACAGAACAAAAAGCACACCACUCAGGCGCACAGCCGAGAACGAACGAAGUUCCCGAUGAGGAUUCCAUAAUGAUAGAUGCACCCAGUGUAUCAUCUGGCAAUGAAAGAGAGCGUUUUUUUGAUGAUCCCACAAGAAACAACGGCCCUUUCGCCCGGGGUCAGAUUAACAAUGCUGUCUAUGGUGGCAUACCCCAAAAAAGAACCCUGUUUCCGACUGAUCCUGCACCAGAAAGACUUUCGGGUAGAAGAUCUGCAGAGAAUGACAGAAUUGAUACAUUUGGUUAUCCCGUUGGCUCUGAGAAUGCACGUCCCCCGAAUCAUAGAAGGCGUUUUAGAAGCAGACGGACUACUCGAGAAGAACACGUUGGUGAGGGUGGAUCUGUUCGGGGAGGUGCACCUGUACGUAGCGACGAGCCUGCUCGUGGAGGUUCACAUAAUUCUGAAUUCUUUACCCCCGGCGGAACCUCGCAAUCUCGAGGAAGUUAA